AUGGGAUCGGACAUCAUCCCAACGUGCGUCAGUGCUGGUGACGUGCUUCUUCUUUUCUUGCUACAUUUCCAAAUAAUUGAAUUCUUUCUUUUAUUCGCGACUCGCUUUUUAAUUUCUUUUCUUUCUUUUCUUUCUUUCUUUUCUUUUUUCUGUUUUCUUUUCUUUCUUUCUUUCUUUCUUUCUUUUCUGUCCUUUUCUUUCUUUCAGUCUUUCUUUCAUUUUCGUCUUUCUUUCUUUCUUUCUUUUCUUUUCUUUUCUUUUCUUUCUUUCUUUUCUUUUCUUUUCUUUUCUUUUCUUUUCUUUUCUUUUCUUUCUUUCUUUCUUUCUUUUCUGUCCUUUUCUUUCUUUCUAUCUUUUCUAUCUUUCAUUCUUUCUUUCAUUUUCGUCUUUCUUUCUUUCUUUCUUUCUUUUCUGUCCUUUUCUUUCUUUCUAUCUUUUCUAUCUUUCAUUCUUUCUUUCAUUUUCGUCUUUCUUUCUUUCUUUCUUUCUUUCUUUCUUUCUUUCUUUCUUUCUUUCUUUCUUAAUCUUUUCUUCGCGUUUCCUUUUGCUUCUUUUGACUGCAGUCUGUUAUUCAAGAUGUCUUUCUUCUUUUAUGCCUUCAUCACUAAUUUCCAGUUGAUGGAUAGUUUAUUUCCUGAUGUUUCUAAUUCUUUGUUUCAUUUUCCUUCUUUCUUUAUUUCUUUGUCUUUCUUUCUUUCUUUCUUUCUUUCUUUCUUUCUUUCUUUCUUUCUUUCUAUUUUUUUAUCCAGAUUUAUUCUUAUGCUCAAAGAUGUUCUUCCUAUAUUUACUGAUAUUAACACCAUAUUUUGGCCUCUCCAUUCUUUAGCCUCUAUCUGCACUCCCUCAGAAAAAGGAAACCUCUUAUCUCGAAUAACCUAG